GUUCAAAGGCUCUUACAAAAGCUUCAAGGAUUAUCCAAAAACAAAAAGCACACAAAAUUGUAAGAAUACGAGGACACAAAAAUCUUCGCGAGUGAGAAACACACGCGGAAGCUCGAUCGACGUUGUCCACCGGAUUCUUCCUUCAAUGGCAGACAACUUUCUGGCUGUUUCUAUGAACGAGAAAAUGUUUACGAGAUUCAUGAGUUGUUCUGCUCCUUCACAGCAGCUCCUGUUGUAAUCCAGACCAUUAGGGUUCUGCGGUAUUCCUUUUGAUUUUUUAGAUCUUCAUCUUCGAGUUACAGAAAUCGGAGGAUGGAUAUUGGAAUUGGUAAUGGAUGGAGAGUUGCAUCGUCUUCGGAGGGCCAUUUUCCGGGUUUUAUCAACUCUUCCUCCAUCCCCAGGAAGAGAAUUCAAAUGGGUAAUGCUCAGAAGACGAGAUUAAUACCGGUUUCUAGCUCCAAGAAAGCAAAUCUGUCUGCUUCAAAGAAACAAAGAAUUAAGCUGCCGAUUCCUCUUGAAGAUGAUGUUAAUGAAGGAAAGAAACUGGCUUUCGGUGAGUUUCUGAAUCACCCGUCAGGCAUGGAGGCUGUCCUCAACGUUAAUGCCUUGCAGAGUUAUCAUUCGCUUGGUGAUAAUACUUACAGAUGUAGGUUACCUAAAAUUCAGCUUCUAAGCUUUGAAGCUGCUCCUGUGGUGGACUUAAGGGUCACCCCAAUGAAUCAGACUUGUACAGUUGAGCUUCUUUCUUGCAAGUUGGAAGGCUCGGAGAUUUUGAACAGCCAGAGUGACAGCUUUUCGGCUGUUAUGAUAAAUCACAUGACAUGGGGCAUUGGUGAUCCGGAUCCGUUUCUGGAAGUCGACGUAAAGCUAGAUCUUACCCUCGAGAUUUCCACAAUGCCAUUCACGAUGCUUCCAGUGUCCGCGGUGGAGUUACCGGGAAAUCUAGUGAUGCAGACAUUGAUAGAUUCAUUGGUGCCUUUGCUGCUUCAGCAACUGAUGAAAGAUUAUGAAGAAUGGGUUCAUCAGCAGCAGCAGCUCCUCCAAAGCUCCUCGUAACGCAGGAUCCGAGAGGCUCGGGGCUGUGAAAUUGCUAGUCUUGAUGAAGAGUGAGUGAGAGAAUCCGCCAUUGAAAUCUCUCUGUGUUCCAUUGAUGAGAGGAAUGACUGCUUCGUCACCUCUGUUUGCAGACUCUGAUAUAAAACAGGAAGUUUCUUUCAUGUGAAGAAUGUAAAGCACUGACUAUUUGAAUGACUUGCUAUAUC